AAGCACUCAAAAGACAAAGCUAAUACAACCAGCAAGCUAGGGGCUUAGAAGAUGGCAACCCUGAUGCUUUAUAGUCACUGUGACCCAAGUAGACAAAUCUUAAAGGGCUUUUAUUAAUCAUUUGACCUAUGCUCAGUGAAGAUUUGGACACCGUUUUCUGUUUUGGCCUGUGCCUGGCUGCAGUUUGUCCAAAGUCUUCAUAAACAGACUAUAUGAUCUCUGACACAGACUCUUAGAAAUCUAUAGUCGCCCUCAAGCCUCAGAACUACUGGUGCUAGAGAGUGGACCAGUGGCCUCAUUCGUACAUGUUGAGCCCUCACUCCAGACUUGGAUUAGAAAGGACACAUGAGUAAGGAUGCGGUUUUGGAUGCAGCUUUCCAGAGGAGGGCUGGAAGGAAAACGGAAUGAGCACUCUCUUCUAUCUCUAGCGAUCACUCAUCUCUAGAUGAAGCGCGAAAGGCUCGGAUGCUGGGAGAACCGAGCGGGAAACCCACACCUCGGUACAAGCCACUUCUGACACCGAGACCGAGGGGAAGCCCUAGUCCCCCAGCAAACAUCGCAGACUUCAAGAUAAAACUAACCACCGCCAGAGGCGCCCCCCGCCAGCGUGCUUGCGUUGUGCGUGCGUGCGUCCGCGCGUGCGCACAGACUGCCGGGAUGCCGCCUCUUCCCUCUCGACCUCCCAGUUUCCCGGCGUGCCUCGGGGCCCGCCAAAUGGGAGGGGGAGACGCAAGAUGGCGGCAGCCGCGAACUCCGGCUCCAGCCUCCCGCUGUUCGACUGCCCGACCUGGGCAGGUAAACCCCCGCCUGGCUUACAUCUGGACGUAGUGAAAGGAGACAAAUUAAUUGAGAAACUGAUUAUUGAUGAGAAGAAGUAUUACUUAUUUGGGAGAAACCCUGAUUUGUGUGACUUUACCAUCGACCACCAGUCUUGCUCUCGAGUCCAUGCGGCACUGGUUUACCACAAGCACCUGAAGAGAGUUUUCUUGAUAGAUCUCAACAGCACUCAUGGCACUUUCUUGGGUCACAUUCGGUUGGAACCUCACAAGCCUCAGCAGAUUCCCAUCGAUUCCACGGUUUCAUUUGGUGCAUCCACAAGGGCAUACACUCUGCGAGAGAAGCCUCAGACGUUGCCAUCGGCUGUGAAAGGAGAUGAGAAGAUGGGUGGAGAGGAUGAUGAACUCAAGGGCUUGCUGGGACUUCCAGAAGAGGAGACGGAGCUUGAUAACCUGACAGAGUUCAACACUGCCCACAACAAACGGAUUUCAACCCUCACUAUUGAGGAGGGAAAUCUGGACAUUCAGAGACCAAAGAGGAAGAGGAAGAACUCACGGGUGACUUUCAGUGAGGAUGAUGAGAUUAUCAACCCAGAGGAUGUGGACCCCUCUGUCGGCCGCUUCCGGAACAUGGUGCAGACUGCAGUGGUUCCAGUCAAGAAGAAGCGGAUGGAAGGCUCUGGCUCUCUGGGCCUGGAGGAGACAGGGAGCAGGCGCAUGCAGAACUUUGCCUUCAGCGGAGGACUCUACGGGGGCCUGCCCCCCACACAUAGUGAAACAGGCUCCCAACCGCAUGGCAUCCAUGGGACAGCACUCAUCGGUGGCUUGCCCAUGCCAUACCCGAACCUCGCCCCUGACGUGGACUUGACUCCUGUUGUGCCAUCAGCAGUGACCAUAAAUCCCACACCAAACCCUGCAGUCUAUAACCCUGAAGCUGUAAAUGAACCCAAGAAGAAGAAAUACGCAAAGGAGGCUUGGCCGGGCAAGAAGCCCACACCUUCCUUACUGAUUUGAUAUUUUUGGCUAUGGAGAGGGUGGGAUGGGUGGGGAUGGGUGGAGGGCUGACUAGGGGGGCUAAUGAACUAGGGAGAAAACUUUCCAUGUGUGCGGUAUCGUCUUUCAGAGAGUUUCUGGGGUCCUAACCAUGUACUAUUGGGACUGGGGUGGGGCCAAAGUACCAGUUAGAGACCUGAGCCAGAACACUUGAAGUGUGGAGAAAGGCGUCCCAGGCCCUAAGCAGACUGCCCUGGCGCUCUCCCAGUGCCGCCGCUGCCGCCUAGGACCGUUUCCUUACGAAGUCGCACACAUAGGUGGGAUCCAGAGCUACAGAGGAGGCGGUAACUCAUUUAAAUCCAUUUCCCUUGUGAGUCCCAGGUAGCAAAAUGGUUGCGAGGGAUCCCAGGUUGGUGGACAUUCUUCAUUUCAACCAAGGUGUAAACUCAAGUGUUCUCUUUGGUCUGUGGUUUUGAGGUCCAGUAGUUAGGCCUUUCUCCUCUGUCAUUUCUGCUGGAGUGAGACCAUUUUGAGUCCCCUUUGUGUGUGGCCAGGCACAGGUUAUGGGUUUUAACAGUUCUGUUGGACUUGACCUAUUUUCCUUGUCCACACUGAACAGCCUUGCCUAGUUCUCAUGUAGUCCAGCACUGCCCUCACCGUGCUGUGAGGCAGUUUCUUAAGAACGUGACCAGUUGGGGUGGCUCACGGGGAACAGGAAAAGACUGCUUUGCAAGGACCAGGUUUGUGUCAGGAGGACAUGUUCAGCUAUUGGUUUGGAGGCUCCCCCACCCCCCCCCCCAGCGGAGAGUUCUGGUUAUUCAGAGCUCCAGGCUAGACCUGGCUAACAGGAGAGGAGGUAGGAGCCAUUGUAUGAGCUUUGUACAGAUUUGUACAUUUGUGUAAUAGGCCUUUUCUGCUUUGAGUGUAGCUUUUUACCUGUAACCUUUAUUACAUUGUAAAUUAAAUGUAACUUUUGUCAUUUG